UCGACUAAACCGACCAGACACCACCACCAUCACGCUCCCUUUUUGAUUUUUGCCGCUCGCUCUUUUUUAUCUUUUUGCCCAUCUUGAACUAUUCUGUUGUAAUCCACCUUUGCCUGGCUUUAAUUCGUCUCUUCCACUUCGCCUACUAAACGUUGGGCGGAAAUAUAGUUCCUCUCGCUCUCUUCACUAUAUUACCACCCAGUGCCAGAUUCCUCUCUUUUCUGAGUCUUUCCUUUCCCUCUUCGUCUCCUCCCGCAUUUGUCGCUCUCUGUUGAUGUUGCUCUCCUUCUAAUACCACUGUUAUUACCAUUCUUAUUAUAUUAUAUACAUAUAUAUCUAUUUUUUCUUUUUUGCCCCGGAUAAUCAUUAUAACUCCCGACUUCGUUCUUCUAUUGCGUCCCUUGCCGUUUGCCUCCCCUCGUGGCAUGACUCUCUCAUCGGAUGCACCUCAGUCCUUCAUUUUUUGAAACACAAAAGACGACAAGCACAGAUAUACGUCCCUGAUAAUGCGUCUCUGACGAUUCCUGAUCUCGAUCAAGAAAAAAAAGGAUCAAGAAAGCCCACCAAGCGCAUCUCCCGCAAAAACCUACUCCGGUCGCAGGUAACCACAUACUUGCGAGCUUCUUGCAUGCCUUCCUCGAGCCGACCCAUCGAUUCUCUCCUUCAAACAGUCACUCCUUAGCACUCUGCUGCAUUGUUGAAAUUCCUCACGCUCCUUGAGCCCUCGCGCAAACGUCGUUUAAAGAGUCAGCAAUACUCCUUUGCAAAUUAAUAUAUACCCCAGGCAUUUUCAGCACCGAUAUUCGUGCGGAACUUGUCGAUCUAGUCGUAAUAACUUGAGCCACCACCAGGAAGAAAAGGAAAAAUAAAAAAUAAAAAAUAAAAAAAAUAAAAAAUAAAAAUAAAAAUAAAAAAAGCAUCCUCGUACGGUCGCUGAUUAUCUUUUCCCGCCAAACUUUUCUCGCCAUCCGUUGCACGGCAAAAGAAAAAGGGAAAGGAAAAAUAAAGGGCCCAAGUCUUGACGAAGCCGUUGACCACUAUGGAUGCAUACACACUCCAGCCUGGUCCUGCAGGGGGCCAACCUUCGUUCUUCUAUUACAACCCCGAUCCCGAUGCUCACCCGGGACAGCAUGGCUAUUUUUCAACCCACCCAGCCGAAAUGCACCCAGCAAACAACCAGCCAAUCUUUACCCACGAUCAGUAUUGCCCGCCCCAGCAACCGCAGAUCUCAGAACAGCACCACCUGCUCCACCAGCCAGGACCAAUGCAGCCCAUCGCACCGAAGAACUUCCUCAACGACGAAGCGAUGCUGAGCCCAAGCGUGUCGCCGCGACCGCUUCAUAUCAAACCAAGCAUCCUGCUUCACGGUUCUCCGGGAAUCCUCCCGAUCGACACCAACUGCAUGACGGAUUUCCAUACGUUCCCAUCGACACCUCCGUUGUCCACGUCGGGAAGCACGAUCAGCAGCCCUCCGUCGAGCUGUGGGAUGUUGCACACCCCUGUCAACGGUGGGUUCUACCGCAUUGAAGGCAUCGAGGGCGUGAAAGAAGGAUGCGAGGGAGAUGUGACAACGGAAAUCUUAGCCAGUGGUGACUGGACACGGUCUCAUUCCCCACCAUUGACACCUGUUUACAUCCAUCCUCCUGUCAAGUCUGCAUCUCCAGCUAGCGAAACCGUUAGCCACAACAGCGAGGAGGGUUUCUCCCAGGUGUCCACAAACAAUUCUUGCCCCUCGCUUUCUCCAUCCCCGUCCCCGGUCCUCACGUCCUUGACUUUGAAUGAGACAACAUCAGCCUCUCUUCCACCACCCCAGUGCAGCUCGGAUUUCUGUGAUCCCCGUCAAUUGACAGUGGAAUCAUCAGUCUUUUCUGGCUCCGACUUCCCGCCACUCCCGUCCCUCAGCUCCAGCGAAGACGAAGACAGUGAAAAAUUCCUUCUCAGCGUAGUUGGCGCUUCGGAGAAUUCGGACGGUAACGCAGCCAACAGCUUCACCAAUCCAAUCAACACUGUGCACGCAGUACCUUCCUUGCCCUCAUUUGAGAGUCUUUCGGACCUUGAUUCCGACGACGAAUUUGUGAGCGGAAUCGUCAAUUUCACCGUGUCCGACGACACAUUCUACGUGGGCGACAAGCGCCGACGAAUUGCUCUAUAUCCAUCUGAUGAUGAUGACCUGAUCAGCGAACAAAGUCUAGAAGAUUUGGAGGAAAACGAACUUCUUGCUCAGCCAGAUUUGCACAUUCUCGAUUCCGAAAUGCCACAGCCAAGCCCGACCGAGGUCGAGCCAACGAAAGCAAAGAAACGCUCAAAUUCACGGAAGUCAACGAAACGCUCGACGUCGUCCAUGAGCAACGAGCGCAAUGCGAUUCUCUACGAGACUGAAGGUAACAUGAACGGAGACAAUGCCAACGGAGAUGCAUCGGCCACCCAGCCUCAACAACAGUCUGGUUCCCCCAACCAAGAGAAUUCCGGACCUAAACCUCCCUCUGCCAAUGCUCCCGGAGCUCCUGCACAUCCCCCAGUUGUCCCCGUCAGCCGUCGCGGUCGCAAGCAAUCCUUGACAGACGAUCCUUCUAAAACAUUUGUGUGUUCUCUCUGCUCUCGUCGCUUCAGACGCCAGGAACAUCUCAAGCGCCACUAUCGUUCACUUCAUACUGAGGAGAAGCCAUUUGAAUGUACAGAAUGCGGGAAGAAGUUCUCUCGCAGCGACAAUCUCGCUCAACAUGCGCGAACCCAUGGAAAUACUUCUGUCCUUAUGAAUGUUGUACAGCCGCGGGAAGCUCGCCCGCCCCCUCCGCCUCCUACGGCCCCGGCGGGCCCUGCACCCGCACCUCCAACGUAUGAACAGGACGCCGGUGCACUGGGAGCUGUGCUUUAUGAAGCCGCACGCGCGGCUGCAUAUCAGUCGACCACGAGCGAAUCGUCUGAUAGCAGUCUCUCUUCUCCCCGAAGCGUCGAGUCCGACCGCAAGCGGCCUAUCAAGAAGCGCAAGCGGGAGCAGUCUGGAUGAUUUUUCACAUCUUCUGUAUGAUAUUUCCCUGUUACUAGGAUCCCUAGACUGAUAUCUAUAUCUGUCUAUUUGCAAUUGUCUGGUCCAGGCCAUCUCAUGAAAUGAAAGAAAUCAUCUCUCCGCCCCCCUUUUUCCGUGACAGGGAUAUACAGGCGUCAUAGGUGUGGGCAUUUGGAGCAUCGGUUUUACUUGGACCCAACUCUGCCGUUGCGAGUUGGGCGCUGUUUGGCAUUACCUCUCGAGGAACUCUACUGGUGCUUUGUUUUGAAAGAAAGGGUCAUAAUAUACGCUGCAUCAUUCUACACUAUAGACAAGGGGCUGGAGGAAAGGAGUUCUUGGGAUUAUUCUUUUUUUUUUUGAUCAGUCGAAACACACCACCAUCCUCGAAUGAUGGGCGGGUGGACUAGGAAACGGGAUAAAGCGACGGAGCAAGUUACUCAAAUCAUAAUAGCCAUUGUUUUUGUCUCCUCCAUCAUAAUCUCGUCGUUGUCAUUGCUGUGUUUGCGUUGAUACUGUUAUUGGCAUCUGCGUUGGAUUGGCUAAUGGUUGCGUUUUUCCUGUAGAUCUAUUACUUUUCUUUUGUGUCCAGCCAUUGAUCCUCACAUCUGUGAUGACUCUCCUCAUCUUUUUAUUAACUUUUUUUUUUCUACUUCUUUAUUUUUUUUGCUCUUCUCACUAUUUUGCCACUUUGUGGACUCCCCUUUCAUUUCUUCUCACUUCUGUUGUAUAAUAUUCCCCUUUAAUCACUUUUGUCCUUGGUACCAAAAUAUUCCAAUCCGCCCUGCCCUUCUGGCUUUUUCUUUAUUCUCUUCUCUCUGGCCUGAUUCCCAAUCAAGCUUGUCUGAUCCUGAACCUUCUUACGUGGCUGGCCACGGCCUCCUUUCCCUUUUUUUUUUUGUCUUUCACUUCAAUUCGUCGACAACUUUGUCUUAUUCUCAACCGAAUUUUUUUUUUUUUUCUUUUUCUCUUUUUUUCUUUGCCUUAUUGCCUAGUUAUUACUCUUCGAUCUUUGCACGUCUUGUUUAACACCCUUUUUUAUUACUAGCAGAUUCGAGCUUCCGAUGAGUGUCUCUCCAGGUCAUUAGAAAUCUAGAUAUACC